CCGCCGGCGACCCGGCCCCGCGGCCUCCACCGUGCGGGCGCCGGGAUGUGACGCAGCCGCGCCGCCGUGACGCACGAGGUGACGCUCGCGGAGGGAGUGCGGGGAGGACGAAGAAGCCGGGUGCGCCUCCCCUUCACGUGACCGGGGAGCUGGGCCGUGAUGGCACCGCCCCCUCCCCGCCUCGGCCAAUCGAGCGGCGGCGAGGCCGGGGGCGGGACGAGGCUACCGCCCCGCAGCCCCGCCCCCAGCCCCGCCCCCCGGCGCGCGGCGCGGGUCCCGCCGGGGCGGGGCGGAGGUGAGGCCGGCACUGCGGCGGCGGCGGGGGACCGGAAGGCGGGGUCGCCUCCGCCGCUUUCUGUGUCCCCCUCCUUCCCUUGCGGACCCUCCGGCAGAGAACCCGGGAAAAGCCGCCGGGCGCGGCGGGGCGGAGGGAGGGCGUCCGCCGGCGGCGGGGGGCUCGGCGAAACUUCUGCCCUGGUUGGUUCCUCGUUCUCCGGCUUCCUGGGCCAGGUGCUGAUGGAGGUCGGCAUUCUGCCGGUGGAGCUGUGGCAGCUCAUCUUCUCCUACCUGCACCUCCCUGACCUGGGCCGCUGCAGCCUGGUCUGCCGGGCCUGGAGCGAGCUCGUCCUCAGCCUGGACAGAACACGCUGGCGGCAGCUCUGCCUGGGCUGCCUCCAGCACAGACACCCCAACUGGCCCAAUCGUCCCGGUGUGGAGCCGCCGUCCUGGAGAGAGGCCUUCAAACAGCACUACCUGGCCUCCAAAACCUGGAGCAAAACCACGCAGGACCUGGACUCCUCCAACUGCCUCUCCCUCUUCCGCCGGCGGAAGGGCUGGCGCCGGCUCUGUGUGGGCGUUGGGGGCGAGUUCGGCAGCCUCCGGGCCGCCCUGGCCGCUGCGAGCCCCUACGACCGCCUGGUGCUGCUGCCCGGCGUGCACGAGGAGCAGAGCGAGGUGCUGCUGAAGGUGCCUGUGGAGGUGGUGGGGCAGGGCAAGCUGGGGGAUGUGGCACUGCUGGCCAGUAUCGACCAGCACUGCCCCACUGCCCGCCUCACCAACGUGGUCUUCAUGCCGGCCCGCUUCACCUCCCUGCUCUACAAGACAACCUCAGGCUACGUCCAGUUUGACAAUUGCAACUUUGAAAGUGGGCAGCUGCAGAUUCACGCACCAGGGACAUGCCAGGUGAAGUUCUGCACCUUCAGCCAGUCCAGCAUCCACCUCCGCAGCGUGGCCCUCUGCAUCCUGGAGCAUUGUGAGUUCACCGGCAGUGAGAACGCCUCUGUAACUGUGGAGGGCUGCCCGAGCUCUGACCGUAACUGGGCCUGCAAGCACCUGGCUGUGCUGGCCAAGUCCUGCACAGUGUCCCUGCGGGAACCUGACCCAGCCGCCUGCCCCGUGGCCAAGUGGGAUGGCUGGAGGGAAUCGCUGCUGAGGCCAGUGAGAACAUGCAAAAUUGUGGUAGGGGAAGAACAAAGCAGUUUCCUCGCUGCUGCGGGUGCUCAAGCCCCGGUUGGCUUAGCCCAGGAGGACAGUGAGUUUGGAGAGAACCUGCGAGCAGCAAAGGAGGAGGAGGAGUACCCGUCCCUCGACUCAAACUCCAGUGACAGUGACUUACGCAGCGACGAUGAAGAGGAUGCUCAGGUUGCAUACAAAGUGGCCUGUCAAGCCCACAGCCCGAAUCACACACUUGCUGAUGUUAUGGACAGCAAGCUUCAAAGCAACAGACUGCACGCCCUUCAGAGGGACAUUAAGCUCAAGUCUCUGCAGCAGGAGUUGCAGCAGGACAAGGAGGCCCAAUCUUUGGCAAACUCGCUGCAAGGCUGCAUCAUCCGGCAGUGCCUUUUCAGGGAUGGGAAGGGAGGAAUAUUCAUUUAUUCACGAGGGCAAGCAAAAGUGGAAGGAAGCAUCUUCAGGGAUCUGACCUACGCAGUACGCUGCAUACAGAACAGUAAGGUUAUCAUGCUGAGGAAUGACAUCCACCACUGCAAAGCAUCGGGGAUAUUCCUGCGCCUGUUGGCAGGAGGCCUGAUUGCAGACAACAACAUCCAUUCGAACUGUGAGGCUGGAGUGGACAUUCGUAAAGGAGCCAACCCCCUUGUUCUGUGCAAUAAGAUACACAGUGGCCUUCGCUCAGGCAUUGUCGUCGCUGGCAACGGAAAAGGCAUCAUCCGUAGCAAUCAGAUCUGUGGGAAUAAAGAAGCUGGCAUUUAUAUUCUGUAUAAUGGAAAUCCUGCUGUGAGUGGGAACCAUAUUUUCCAGGGAAUGGCUGCUGGAAUAGCAGUGAAUGAGAAUGGCAGAGGCCAAAUCACAGGGAACAUCAUCUGCGAGAACCAGUGGGGUGGGGCAGACAUUCGCCAUGGGGGCGACCCCGUCCUCAGGAACAACCUCAUCUCCUGCGGCUACUCAGAUGGCGUGGUGGUGGGCGAGCGCGGGAAGGGCCUCAUCGAAGGAAACGUCAUUUAUGGCAACAAGGGCUGCGGUGUGUGGAUGAUGUCCUCCAGCCUCCCACACCUUAUCAACAACCAGAUCAGCCACAACAGCAUCUACGGGGUGGCGGUAUUCUGCCACAAGGACAAUGCUGGUGACUACCCCCCUGGUCAGGGGGGCAGCGAGAGCUUCCAGGAGGAGAGGGAGGGUGCUGGUGGGGAGAACGAUGCUGACAGCGAGGAGGAGUACCCGGCUGCCCGGCGUCCCAUCAGCGUGGCGCUGGUGGAAUUGAACAGCAUCAACCACAACGGAGCUGCUGGGCUGCAUGUCAAGAGCAGUGAAGUGCUCAACAUCAUUGCCAACGUAAUUCAUGCCAACGGCGAUGGCGGGGUGGCCGUGCUGCAGAGCAGCCAGCUGACGCGCAUCGCAAACAACAGCAUCUCCUGCAACAGCCGGGGAGGCGUGCUGGUGGAGGCCGACUGCCAGGUGGAGCUGCGUGGCAAUGGCAUCUAUGAGAACAGCAGCCAUGGCAUCGUCUCCAAGGGAGAGGGCGUCAUCGCAGAGAAUGACAUCAUCGGCAACCACAGAUGUGGCCUUCAGCUACUCCAGGCAGCAGACAUGAAGGUGACCAAGAACAGGAUCCAGUCCUUUCGGGACUAUGGGAUUGCUCUCUUUGAUGAAGCCAAAGGCCUGGUGCAGGAAAACCUCAUUUUCCAAGGGAGAUCCAAGAAAUCCAUUUUGCGACCAAUAUUGAAUGCAGAGGAUUGCAUCAUUCAAAACAACAUGCUUCUCACCUUCAAGAAAAGGUUUGAUAUGGAGUGCAUGCUGAUCAACCCCCCUGCACGGCCUCACCUUGAAGGAGGUGUCCCAGUGUCCUGCACAGCAGCUGCUGGUCAGAGGGUUUCCAGCAUAACCACCAGGGUGGACGGGGGCUGCCACAACCAUGGGAGCAUCUUCUGCACCAUUCUUUGAGCAGGGAGAAAGGUUCCUUCACCAGUCUCUCUGCCUGUCUUUUCUCCAGAGCUGCCACUGGGAAGCUCUCACAGCUCAGGGACGUGGACCCCCAUUGGACUGUACUCCCUUUUCAUGAAGAACUUUGCAACUUCAGUGGCACCUCACUAAAUAAAAAAUAGCUGGGAAAACAGCUGUUAAUGUCUUCCUCUUUGCCCCCUGAGAUCACUGCUGGAGUAAUUUACAAGCGAGCAGUUCCUUAGAUGAAAUGCUCUCCAGGUGGGACCAGAGGAAUGCCUGGCUGGCCUUCAGCAGCUCCAGACAAACCGCUCUUCCCGUGCGGGGCUGUGGCAUUAUUUGUUUGGGAAUCCCUUGCUUUGAAGCUGCUUUGUCAGUGACCUUCUGCAUCUGUUCUGGAGUACUCAGAGACUGACAUAUCCUGUGUGGUCUCGAUGUUUCUGUUUGUGUUGAUUCUGAUCCAGAAGGGGCACACAGAUCAAGGCAGACAGACACACGUGUAGACAGACAUACCUACAGUGUGAGUCCCUCCAGCAGCCGGGCUCAGAUGCUGCGUGCCCAGCACCUGCCCCUGGCUCCCAGUCUCCCCACCUCCUGGCAUCAGCACAUAUGAGCCCCCAGAGGCAGCAUCCAGGCAGACAGACACGGACAGACGAACAGACAGACAGUGCCUGGGCUCCCAAACCACUUCAUCUCCCCUCACAGAUGCAGAUCCCCACACACCACCGAUGCUGGCAUCCACACCAGCCAGACCGACCCACCUCGCCUUAGAAUGGGCGCCUGGUGAGUGGCCAGGACAGACUGCGCUUGUCAGGCACCAGCAUGGCCAGACCAGCAUCUGUCCUUGGCCACCAGCUGCCUGUGUACGUCCAGUGGGCCACUUUUUAUCCCCUUAUCCCUCUGUUUCCCCACAUUUGGUUCCUCCCCUGGGCAUCCUGUAAUAAGCCUUGUGUAGUCCCGGAAUGCUCUUCCCCUGCACCCACAGCGUCUCCCGUAGCCCUGGCUGUCAGCCCUGGGUCUGUGAGGUGCUUGGGGGAGGGCAGGUGUCCCCCAGCCCACGGGGCUGAGCUCCCCUGGGACUGGGAGGGUCUGGGCGAGGGCUCUGAGGGUGGCACUGGGGAUCCCCGGCAGGCCCCUGAGGCUCAGGGCUCUUACUGCGGGGAGCUGGAGGCUUUCAUGCCGUAACCUCUCAUGACCAGCAGUGUUUUCUGCCUUGUCAUCCCCCUGCCUGAAGCUGGCAGUUGGUUCCCAGCAGGAUUGUCUCUGUCUCAUUCACAUAACACGCUGCCCGCACAGGUUUCUCCUCUGGUACCAGCUGGCAUAACUGUGUUGCACGGUCUGAUGUUGUCUCCUGCUUCUUUGCAGACCGAUGCUGUAAGAAGACCCAAUCCAACUUUUUUUUUUUAAAAGGAGAAGUACUAUUUUCUGUAAUUUCAGGAAAACUGUC